GCAUCCCUCCCUUCCUGAAUCCUCCUAUCCCUGGAUCCCGGCAUCCUGCCUUCCCUGCAUCCCUCCCUUCCCGAAUCCUCUCAUCCCUGAUUCACCCCUGGAUCUCUCCAUCCUGCCAUCCCUGCAUCCCUCUCUUCCCUGAUUCACCCCUGGAUCUCUCAUCCUGCCAUCCCUGCAUCCCUCCCUUCCCGAAUCCUGCCAUCCCUGCAUCCCUCCAUCUUCCCAUCCCCGCAUCCUCCCCGCAUCCGUGAAGGCUCCCCCGAGCAGCUGAGCCGUUUUGGGGAGCACCGGGGGGCCCCGCACGGGUCUGGGGGACUGCGGGGAAGCUCAGAACAAACCCCAGGGGCUCCGGACCCCCCGUGCCCACCGUCGGCACGGCCGCCCCGCGCCGGGGAUGAGGCAGCGCUGGGGGGGACACGAGCGGCGCCGCAGGUGACGCAGCUGGCGGCAGCUCGCAGCCCCCAGCCCACCAUGCCAUCGUCCAAGAGCGGGAGCGAGUUCUGGAUCGAGGGAUCCCACCGGGAGGCGGCACUGGAAGAUUUCUACGUCGUGGGCCCCGAGCUGGGACGGGGAGCCACCUCAGUUGUGUUCAGCUGCCAGGAGAAGGGCACGGGAGCUCCCUACGCUGCCAAGAUCCUGAAGAAAACGAUCGACAAAAAGAUCGUGAGGACGGAGAUCGGGGUCCUGCUGCGGCUCUCACACCCCAACAUCAUCAAGCUCAAGGAGAUUUUCGAGACGCCCUCGGAGAUCGCGCUGGUGCUGGAGCUGGUGACGGGGGGAGAACUCUUCGACAGGAUCGUGGAGAGGGGAUUCUACAGCGAGCGGGACGCGGCGCACGUGGUCAAACAGAUCCUGGAGGCUGUUUCGUAUUUGCACGAGAAUGGAGUCGUGCACCGGGACCUGAAGCCGGAGAAUUUGCUCUACGCUGACCUGUCCCCCGAUGCCCCCCUGAAAAUCGGUGACUUCGGGCUCUCCAAGAUCGUGGAUGAGCAGGACACCAUGAAAACCGUGUGUGGGACACCGGGGUACUGCGCCCCCGAAAUCCUGCACGGGUGUCCCUACGGACCUGAGGUGGACAUGUGGAGCGUGGGGGUCAUCACCUACAUCCUGCUCUGUGGAUUCGAGCCCUUCUUUGACCCGCGGGGGGAUCAGUUCAUGUACGGCCGCAUCCUCAGCUGUGACUAUGAGUUCGUGUCCCCCUGGUGGGACGAGGUGUCCCCGAACGCCAAGGACCUGGUGAGGAAGCUGAUGGUGCUGGACCCCCGGCAGAGGCUGACGGUGCAGCAGGCGCUGCAGCACCCCUGGGUCAGCGGCAACGCCGCCAAGCUGGCCCACAUGGACAGCACCCAGAGAAAGCUGCAGGAGUUCAACGCCAGGAGGAAGCUGAAGGCUGCCAUGAAAGCCGUGGUGGCCUCCAGCCGCUUGGGCAACCACGGCCACCACGACUGUGCCCGCGGCGGCCGCGGCCAGGGGGGACCCCGGGGCCUGGCCCAGCCCGCGGCCACCGGCGGCACCGAGGCUGGCACGGGGCUCAGAGUGUGCCAGAGUGACCACCCCAAAGUGUGCCAGAGUGACCACUCCAAUGUGUGCCAGAGUGACCACUCCAAUGUGUGCCAGAGUGACCACCCAGCUGUGUGCCAGAGUGACCACUCCAAUGUGUGCCAGAGUGACCACCCAGCUGUGUGCCAGAGUGACCACUCCAAUGUGUGCCAGAGUGACCAUCCAGCUGUGUGCCAGAGUGACCAUCCAGCUGUGUUCCAGAGUGACCACGGCACCAUGGCCCCGGUGUUCAAGAGUGACCACUCCAUCACGUUCCAGAGUGACAAUGCCACCGUGUCCCCGGUGUUCCAGAGUGACCGCUCCAAUGUGUACCAGAGUGACCACUCCACCAUGUUCCAGAGUGACAAUGCCAUCAUGUCCCCGCUGUUCCAGAGUGACCACCCCACCAUGGCCCCAGUGGCCACGCUCCAGAGUGACCACCCAGCUGUGUACCAGAGUGACCAUCCCACCAUGUCCCCAGUGUUCAAGAGUGACCACUCAGCUGUGUGCCAGAGUGACAAUGCCACCAUGGCCCUGAUGUUCAAGAAGGAUCACCCCACCGUGUCCCCAGAGGCCCCAGUGUUCCAGAAUGACCACCCCGCCAUGGCCCCGCUGGCCAUGCUCCAGAGUGACCACCCAGCUGUGUACCAGAGUGACAAUGCCACAGUGUCCCUGAUGUUCAAGAGUGACCACCCAGCUGUGCACCAGAGUGACAAUGCCACCGUGUCCCUGAUGUUCAAGGGUGACCACUCCACCACGUUCCAGAGUGACCACGCCACCAUGUCCCCAGUGGCCACGCUCCAGAAUGACCACCCAGCUGUGUACCAGAGUGACAAUGCCACCGUGUCCCCAAUGUUCAAGAGUGACCACUCCAGCACGUUCCAGAGUGACAAUGCCACCGUGGCCCCAGUGUUCCAGAGUGGCCACCCCACCGUGUCCCCAGUGGUCCCUGCGUUCCGGAAUGACCACCCUGCCAUGUCCCCAGUGUCCCCAGUGUCCCCAGUGUCCCCAGUGGCCGUAUUCCAGAGUGGCCACCCCACCGUGGCCCCGGUGGCCGUGCCAGGCUCUGGCUGUGACAGUUAACGAGCCCAGAGUGGUGUCACCACCGAGCCUUGGCCUCCAGAGCCCCGAGAGCCCCGAGCCCCAGUCUGGGGUCAGGAACUCCCUCGUGUCGUGUCCUGUCACCCCCAUCACUGUCCCUGUCACCUGAGGGGUCGAGGUGGUGACUUUGCCUUCCCACCCUGCAGCACUUUGGGCAGCUGUGGCUUGGAAAGAGCCAAAGAACGAGGAGCAAACAGCAGAACUAAUGAGGAUUUCUGCCAGAUUUCUCCUGGAUUUCUCCCAGAUUUCUCCUGGAUUUUUCCUGGAUUUCUCCGAGAUUUCUCCCAGAUUUCUCCCAGAUUUCUCCCAGAUUUCUCCCAGAUUUCUUCUGGAUUUCUCCCAGAUUUCUCCCAGAUUUCUCCCAGAUUUCUCCCAGCUUUCCCAGCAAAGGCAGCCAGUUGUCUUCAAGGGGUUCCUGUAAAUAAUCCUGAAGGGUUUUCUUUUUAUUUUUAAUUUGCUGCUGCAACUGUGACAUGUCCAGCACUGACUGUCACCAGCCCAGCUGUGGGGUUCCUGCUGUGUUAGGAGGGGUUUUAGGAACUUUUGACCCCAAAUAUUUGAUCCUCCCCAGAGAACAGCCCCCUUGUUGUUCCCAGGCAGCAGCUGAGCCCUGGUUGUGUUCUUUUGGGUGUGCUCCCCACUUUUAUCCUUGCUGUGCAUCCCUGCUGGUGGUGGGGUGGCCAUAGGGCUGGGAAUGCUGGUCCAGCCUCCCCUUGGCGUUCCAGAUCAGGAUUGACACAAUUUUAACACAAGAAUUUACACAAUUCUUCAGUAUUGUGAGAUUUUGCCACUUUGCUGCUGUUCCCUGAGGGAGGACAAUGAGUUUAUACCUUUUUAAUUUUGAUUUUUUAAUGAAAUCAGCAGACAAACUUCUUGAAAAGGAAUUUUUUUAAAGGCAGGAAACAGGAGAAGUAUUUUCAGAUUUUAGCACAGGUCAAGUGACUGGACAGGAAAAGCCAUAUUCCAUGUGGGAAUUAUGGAGAGCUGGUGAAAUCCUGCCAGGUUUGAGCCCUGAGGCAGCAACCAUGACCUGCACACCCACAUUUUGGGCUAAGAAUGAUGUUUUCAGGGUAAAAAUUCCACCUGGAGGAGAAUAAAUUCAUACAGGAGGUUUAUUCCCCCAGGAUAGGGGAGCAGAGGUCAGAGCAGGGGGAAGAAAAAAGGAUUUUGGGUUUAUCUCCAGAAAUCAAAACAGCUCCAAGUCAGGAUCCACCCUGGAGCUCGGUGGGGUUUGGGGAGGCAAAGACAACAGAGAAAUGGGGGGGUUCAAGAGGGGUUUUAAUUGGGGAAAAUAUCAUGGCUUGAGCAGAUUUUGCACUUUUUUAAACCUGAGUUUUUCUUCAGUGAGGUGUCCCAGGGGAAAACAAAGCUGCUGAUCCCGUGGGAUUCUGCAGCAGAGGAAAUUCUCCUUUUUUCUUUGCGUUUUUUGCAGGAGGGGAAGUUUUUCCCUCUGGUUUUUGUAAUCCUGAGGGCUGAGCCUUGCAGUAUUCUCAGCUCCAGAGUCCUCCCAGCUCUGUGUGGUGUCUCUGAACUCCACCUCGUUGUUUCCUAACCCAGGUUUUAAAGACUAUUUUCUAUCCUUUGACACGAAAUGUUGAUAAAAGCCGCUCGCAGGACCAGGCUGGGCACUCCCAGAACCUGCCAAGCAGGGAAAAGGCUCAGUAAGAGUUGAAGGAUUCCCAAUCCUACAGGAAAACGGGAAUUACAAUUGCCAAAUCAAUCACACAAAGAAGGAAGGGGCCUGCGAACAGAACCAGAUCGGGAGUUUAUCUCUUAUUAUUAUUACUAUUAUUCCACAGGUAUCUGUAUUAAAGACAGGAAAAACGCCCUCGUGGGAGCCCAGGGAGGUGCGUGUCAGUCUGUUGCUGUUUGCAGAGUGUUUGAGUGACUGCUUCAGUGUGGUGCUGACAGUUCUGACAGCCAGGUGUUUACAACCGAGUAGAGACAGUGAAUAAAGUAUCAAAUCUCAGA